AUGUCCAACCCUACGGACAAGCAUGACUGCAGCAAUGCAGCGCUGAUGUGCAUUGAUUGCUUUACACCACUCAGAGGCCAAGUUACGGAUCUUCUUAUUAGCUCGCUUUUGCAGCUCGCAAAAUGCAUCGUACAUGCACGCAUUGACAAAAGCAGACAGACGAAUGCGGCCGCCAUCUCCCUUCGCUACCAAAGCUUGUGGCCCAUUUACACAGAACCCGGCUGCUCCUCGUGCUCGCACAUCUCAAAGUCGCUGCUGGUCUUCCUUGAGCUUUUAUGGCUUGCAGAAUGCCCACAUUGCAAAAAGGAACGCGCUUUGUGGAGCGCGUGCACUAUUCCCCAGACACCUGAUGGCGAUUCUGCCAUCAAGCUCGCAGCGCCUCUUGCGUGCUKCGGUGCUAGAAGAGCCAUAACCUACCCCACUGCGUUCUCGAUUUUUCUUGGGCUUUUUGCAGAUGAGCGAGAUCUUUCCUCCUCGGUGCGUGUACCAUAUUCUUUGCUUGUGCUUGAAUUUGCCAUGCAGUUGGUUUUGCUACAAUUGGAUGUGGGUCCAUCCGCACUUUCCGUGGCCCUCGAUCAGCAUUUAAAGACCUCGCUGCUCCAAGAUCACCAAUUCUUGUGGAGAUCAGUGGAUGAAUGGUCCACCUUUGAGAAGAGCAUGCACCAUAUCGUUAAACAACUUGGCUCCGCCGAUCGGUCUGCUCACGCAGCAAUCAUUUCAUCCCUCAGAAGUAAAUAUUCUGUCGAUGACUUUGAAAAAUCUCUGGCACUGUUUUGUGUAUCUCUCAUUGGUGGGGUUGAACAUCCGCCAAAAGAAGCAAUACGUGAGAUUGAAAAGUACGUUGAGGUCCACAAAUCAACACUCAAUGAGCUCAAAGAUUCCGGUGCCGAUUCCGUUUUACAUGCCCCACUGCACGACUCGUCGUGUGUUCCUUUGAACUGGCUGCACGAGCAGGCUGGAGGAGUCGAAUGUUUCAAUAGUAUCAUCUCCGGGGAACAUGCAGAAAUUGUGAGCUUUUUUGAUUCCUACGCCAAUAACUCGGACAUUCUUUACUUGAAUACCCAAACUCAAGACCUCGCCACAGACAUCUCCAAGCAAACCGUGCUUUGCACGGACUUGCCAAACUAUUCAGAGGACGUUAGACCGCAAAAAUCCCUAUUAGAGCGCAACGAAACCGCGGUCAAAUGUUCUUGGAAUGACGACGAGGAAGGGGGAACCCCAUCAGGAGCCGGCGAAAUAAACAUUCCUCAGACCGAAGAAAUCAAAAUUGGCGGGGAAGAGGACGUUCCGCUUGUGGCUGCUCAUCUGGAGGAGCAUGCUGGGCCAAGCACACGAUCAAGUGCCGAAUUAAACCUUCAGCUGGCAUCAGCCUCCGUUAAAUCUCCGUCAAAAAGAACCGUUGAGCCUGUAUUUAGUUCCAGAAAGAGGCGCUUUUUUUCGGAGCAAGAGAUAUCCUCCCUUGUGGAAGGCUAUAAGCGAUUUGGCCCCAGAUGGACCCUCAUCUUGGACUCUUAUCCGUUCAGCGGGAGGUCUCCCGUUGAUCUCAAAGACAAAAUUAGAAACCUGAAAAAGUCUGGACUGUUGACUGUCAUUGAGAAGGAGAUCAGUUGA